AUGACACCCCCAACGGUGGCCAUGAUACCCACAAUGAUGGUCUUAGGAAUCCUGUUGGCAGCCAUGACUCCCCAGUUGGUGGCCAUGACACCACCAAUGGUGGCCAUGAUCAUUCUGGCGGCCAUGACACCCCCAAAGGCGGCCAUGCUGCCUCCCAACGGGCGCUACAACCUUCCCCAACAGCGGCCACGCCACCUUCUCCCCCCGACAGGUGCCACCGCCUCCGCGGACGACUUUGGCCAAGCGCGACGGGAGUUGCUGGCCCACCUGGAGGCGGUGGCCUGGGCCCCGUAUCGAGCGUCACCGGAAUUCGGGCGCUUCGUGCAGUUCAAGUGGUUGGAAGGGCAGGUGGUGGGGGCCGAAGCCUUCGCCGACUUCAGGGUGUUGGGCAAGGGCGGCUUCGGCGAGGUCUGCGCCUGUCAGCGCCGCGCCACCGGCAAGAUGUACGCCAACAAGCGCCUCAACAAGAAACGCCUCAAGAAGCGCCAGGGCUACGAGGCGGCGCUGGUGGAGAAGCGGAUCCUGGCACGGGUGCACAGCCGCUUCAUCGUCUCGCUGGCCUGCGCCUUCCAGACCAAGACCGACCUCUGCCUCGUCAUGACCCUCAUGAACGGUGGCGACCUGAGGUACCACAUAUACAAUGUGGACGAGGACAACCCCGGGUUCCCUGAGCCACGGACCGUGUUUUACACUGCCCAGAUCCUGCUGGGGCUGGAGCACCUGCACCAGCACCGCAUCGUCUACCGCGACCUCAAGCCCGAGAACGUCCUCCUCGAUGACGCCG